CCGGGCCAUUUCCGGUAAGUUGGCCUCUCUCUGAGCCCGAGGCGCGCGUGUCCCGGUAGUUGCCGUGCGCCCGCCAUGGGCCCGCGGGAGCUCGGUUGCCUCCUGCUGCUCUUCCUGUGCGGCGCCUGCGCGGUGUCCAGCUCCCCCGGGCCGGGCGGGACCUCGCCGCCCCCGGGCACCGCCGCCAACGGGACGGGGCCGGCCGGGAACCACAGCGACAGCGGGGUCCGGGGCCUGGACCUGCUGGGCGGGCGGCUGCCCGCGGUGCAACGGGGCUUCUACGUGCUCAGCGGCCUCUGCGUGCUGGCCGCGCUCUACUUCCUGGUGCGGGCGCUGCGGUUGAAGAAACCUCAGCGGAAGAAGUAUGGUCUCCUUUCAAACUAUGAUGAAAAUAUGGAGUUGGGUUCUCUUGACAGCGAUGAAGACACAGUGUUUGAAACAAGAAAUCUGAGACGGUUCCAUCGGGGGGACUACACGGUGGAAGUGAGCAUCAAUGACUACCUGGAUAUCUACUGCCCUCACUAUGAGGACCCCUUCCCGGUGGACAAGAUGGAGCGGUAUAUCCUGUACAUGGUCAAUUACGAGGGCCACGCUUCCUGCAACCACCGGCAGAAAGGCUUCAAGCGCUGGGAGUGCAACAGGCCCGACUCCCCUAGCGGGCCCCUGAAGUUCUCAGAGAAGUUCCAGCUCUUCACUCCCUUCUCUCUAGGAUUUGAGUUCAGGCCAGGGAACGAGUAUUACUACAUCUCUGCUCCUCCCCCUAACAUGGUGGACAGGCCCUGCUUAAAGCUGAAGGUUUAUGUUCGACCAACGAAUGACUCCCUGUACGAAUCUCCGGAGCCUAUUUUCACCAGCAAUAACUCCUGCUGCAGCCUCAGGGUCCCGCACCUCAUCCUCGUGGUGCCGGUGUUUUGGACUAUUCUCACCUCCUAGCCCCAAGAGGAGAAAACAAAGGAAGAGGGGAGCAGUUUGGCAGGGAAAGGAGGAGAGAGACGGACACACGCAGGAGAAGAGAUGCGUUCUCUCUGCCUCCGGGGAGAAUUAAACCUCUCGAGCCAGCCUUUUGCUUUGUUUUUAAAAAGUUUUCUUUUUCACAAUAACCUUUGAACUGCAACUCCUGAGCUGGGAGGUGGGUUGGGAAGGGGACAUGAAGAAGGAUUUUUUUCUUAUUCCAGCCUUAUUCCCAGCUCGGAGAAUUUCUGUUCCUGGAGUGGAUUCGCUUGGAAGAAGGCUGCAAAAUUUCUACCGAUGUAGAAAAUAACACCCCUGCCCUGCACCCCAGCGCUCUGGUUUGGGGGCCGGGGCGAGGAAUGACAAAAUACCAGUGGAAAAGAGCAGUGGGGGGAUCGGCGCUGCUUUCCUGCUUCCGGGAUGGCCCACUUUUCAUGGUGCUGGCGCUCAGCUCACUUUGACCCUCCUUGUAGGAUUUUGCUUUUGAAAUUUCUAGACCAAAUAUUAGAAUCCUUAUUUUAUUUUAUUUUAUUUUUUAGUGCUUUUCUCGCACUUCUUGACUUAGCCACAAAAUGAGACCCCCUCUCCCAUCCGUGGUUCAGAAAUCUCCAUGAGCAACAUUCCCUUCCAAGCCAUCAAGGGAAUGCAGGAUCAGGGGCUAGCUUGGGCUUUCCUUCCUGGGUUUUCCAUGUUGCUCAGACAGAUUCAGUCCCUGGCUCCAAGCAGGGGAGCUGGUGGCUGGCAAACAAACAAGGUGCCCGGACUCUGGGAUGUGCCGCAUGCGGGCUGAGAACGGCAGUGCUUACACUGGUAUCAGAGUAGCAGCCGUGUUAGUCUGUAUUCGCAAAAAGAAAAGGAGGACUUGUGGCACCUUAGAGACUAACAAAUUUAUUUGAGCAUUAAGCUUUCGUGAGCUAAAGCUCACUUCAUUGGAUGCGUUACACUGCGUUGGAGUCUUUCCCAAACUAGCCCAGCUGUUUGCCAUUGCUCGUACCUCUGGACUCAGGGCCACCUGGACAGAGCGGUGCCAAUACCUUAAUGCUCCUUUCAGGCCUAUGUUUUGGAGGCAGGGGGCCAAGAUGGAAACAGGCCAUCGAAGGCUUUAUGGAGGAGCGCUGACCUGGCUUGGUUGUCAGAACCUUGUGGGAUGACUGUACUGUUGUCAUAGAUAUAUGGGUUGUUUCUUUGGGUGGAGGGAGGGUCGGUUUUCUUGCGGGAGGGAUGGGCAGGUAUACACAUAAGCCAGCCAAAUGUAAUUGACCUUGCAAUUGACGUCCUUGGAAAAGCAAGGAGCAACGCCUGCAGAAGGGUUACUGGGCCCAGUGAAGGCAGUGGGAGAAUUGGGGGGAAGGGGGUUGCCACUGAGGUCACUUGAGAGCAGGAUCAAAAAUCUAGUUUGGGAAAGGGGUAUCUGGAAGUUGAGCAGAAAGGCGGGGGGGUGGGGGGUUAAUGUCAGGAAUGUAACCAGUCUGGGGUGGGGCUAGAAUUUAGAAGGGGCUCUGGCUGGUUACCACCUCCUCAUUGCACAAAGGGGAAUUAAGUGGGCAGGGGAUGCAGAGGGAGCCGAGAUCCUUUGGAGGGCAUCUGGGUUGAACUUACUCUUGGGCAGAGCCCUUCCGUGGCCCACGCGAGCCACUAAACUAGGCCGUGUGCAGGUGAAGUUCACCCUCCUGGGUUCCCAAAGCUAAAAAUUCCACCGGUUGACAUCAGCAUCGCUCCACUGCCUUACGUCCAUUUAUGCCAGCUGAGGAUCUGGCCCCAAAUCUUUGCCUAGUACCUUCCUCCUCUCACAUCACUGACUCCGUACUUGGGUUUUAAUUCGCUCCCAGCACUGACGGCAACCUUCCCCUCCCCCCUCCCUGCUUCCCCCAAGUCCUUUUGAGAAAGCAGUGCCCCUUCCUACAUAACCCCGCUGAUCCCAACACGGAUCCACGUCACCAGCCCUGCCAUUCCAGUUCCCCCUCCUGUGGCCACUGCUUCUAGACAUGUGGAGCAGAGCAAACCCAUCUGUCUUGUCCUUAUCACGCGCAGCUCAGUGAUUCCCGGCUGUAUUACAGAUGCAAGUGAGCUGCUAAUCAGGCUGAGACAGCAGGAAAGAGAAUAGAGCUGACCUGAGGGGGUGGAUCUCUAUGAAGUUUUCCCUGGGCAUCCUUCCUUCCCUUUACAAGUCUCCUUCGAUCCUGCACAUCCUGAUGGCUUGUUCCUCCGUUGCGCUGUUACUUGUUUGGAAUAACUGCUGGCUUGGCUUUCUUUGUUUCCUUCUCCGCUUUCAAAUAAAGCUGCCGAUUGGUCCCACACUUUGGAAUUCAGAUGAUUAGAUGGGGCCCGUUUUGCAAAAUUCAGAUCCCCAUCCAAGCCUGGAUCUCAGCCUCUCCUGUCCUUACAUCCAGGGACAGUCUGUCUGCAUCUAGUGUUUUGGCACAAGCCCAUCUCCUAAUAAAACCCCACUCCCUAAUUUUUGCCCCUUCUCCUGUGCUCCAACCCCUAAUGGAGGCUUUUGGUGACAAAAGAAAGUUACAUUCCAGGAAAUAAGAAGUAAGAAAGCGGGACAAGCAAAGGGACAUGGAAGAGGUUGUGGCAGUGGUGGGGGAAAGCGAAUGGCUGAUUGGCUGAUUCUUCCUUGCAUAUACCAGUGUCCAUUAGAGAGGAGUCCAGCGAGGUGCUGGCAGAUUGCUACCGUCUCUCUGAAGGGAUGCAGUGGGUGGGUUUGGAGCGGGGGAAGAGUCUUUGGCUGGGGAGAAGGGGCCGGGGGUGAGAUUUGCAUCACCUUCUAAAGCAGGAGCCCUAUCUGCGGGUGUCUUCAUUGCUGCUCGGCUCCCCCCACCAUGAGGGCAGAACUCGAGUCGUCUCCUCCAUUCCAGGAAAUAAAUCAUACAUUUAAAAUCAAAAUCCUAAUAAUAGUACAAAAAACGGUCUUUCUACGGAUGUCUUUUUCAAACGCACACGGAAACCGUCUGUUUCUACAGCAUCUGUCCGUGAGCCCCAGGGACUGAACCAGAGCAGCUCUGGUCCUUCUGUAAAUAUAGCCAGCAGGCAUUAUACUGUGACAGGUUGGUUUUUUUAAUGUAUCUUUGAGAAUGAAUUUUAUGGAAGGUUUUAUGUUAAUUUUAUUUUGUUUUUAUUUUUUAGACUAGGAAGCUAAAAACUCGCAAUAAGCUUAUCUUGACUAUCAACAAUUCCAGCUCCGCUUCCCCUCCCUCCCGGCCCCCCCCCAGUGUAUCUAGACCAGGGAACGUUUCUUAAAGGCAGACGAAAGCACCACAUUUAUACAAGCGUCACCCUCCUCCCUGUCCAGAGGGGCCAGACUUUGCUUCCCUGUAUUCCCUGGCUCAAAUAGAGUAGCCUUGCCCCAGCAGUCAGCCAAUGGUGUAAAGAGGGAAGGGAGGAUGGCCUGGCACCCAUUAGACCAGAAUCUGGUGGGACCUUUCGACUGGAUCCAGCAAGCGACGUAAGCACGAGUGGUCCUGGAGGUCAGUGGAACUACUCGUGCCUGUGUUUAAAUAAUUGGCUGACUCAGCUGGGAUUUUCAGAGGAGCCAGAAGGAUUUUACAUGCCCAGCUCCCAUGGACAGUCAGUGCCUCCUUUAAAAAUUCCAGCCUCAGUCCCCCAGCUGGUAAGAAUACUUCCUUUGUCUAUCUUGUCUGUUGCGGCUCGAUCCUGGACAGACCAGCUAACCCAGAGCCCGCUUUCAGGACAAGGGGCUUAGACUGUAAACUCGUUGGGGCAGGGAUUGUGAAUGUCCGGCAUCUAGCAUCAUAAGGCCCCCAUCUCGCUUGGCUCUCAUAAUAUAAAUAAUCUUGGGAUCGCAGGCAGUGCAACGGUGGCAAAAUCGGGCCUUUGGUCUGUGGUAUAUAUGUUAUAUAUAUAUAUAGUACAGCAACUGUGAGAGAAUAAAGAAAAAGCAAACAAGGAAGCAGCAUUUAAGUGAAGCUCUAAAUUUAAAAAUGGGGGCUGGGGUUUUUUUGUUUGUUUUGGGGGGAGUUGGUUUGGUCUGAGGGUUUUUGGUUUACAUUUGGGGAUAAACCCAUCUUACGGGAACUGUUUUUCGCUUGUGGGUCUCAGCUCAGCCUAGCUUGGUUCUUAGACAUGCAGCUUUCGUUCUCGACGUUGUGCUGAUGGUAAACCCAAUCACUUCAUUUGGAUUCUGUAUUUUUUUAUAAUAAAAUAAAAAUAAA